AUGAAGACCGGAGGCUCCAGAUUGUCUAAUGUUGUUUCAGAUCUGUGUUUUGGAGGGAAAGAACAGAGGCACACAGGAAGGGACAGCUCGUGUGAACGGAAAGCUCUGCAGAUGAUUGAGAGUGCUCUGCAUGCUGCUGCUCAGGUAGAUGUGUACGUGUGUGCGGUGCUCCCUCAGGCCAGUAUGGAGUGUGUGUGCCUGAGAAGGUGGGCAUCGGGCUCUGCUGUCGUGUUGCUUCACACACUGGCCUUAUCCUGGACAGGUGCAGUCGAGCACGCCGCCAAAAUUGACGGACGGCACCGAGCUGCUGUGACUCUUCAGGAGAACACGACGCACUGGUUCCACUGCCAAUCAGAUGGCUGGGAUCCCCAUGCCCCGCCCUUACUGACGUGGUACCUGAACGGGGAGCAGCAGAGGGCGCCACCGCCAUACCGUGGGCGACUUGUGAUGAAGGAGUCAUCGCGGGAAAAUCCUGAGGUCAAUCCCAACAGCACCUUCUCUCUGCGGGCCAGGAAGUGGGACAGGGAGCUGGUGUGCGUCGCAUCAAACCCCAGGACGGGAGAGAGCCACAAUGCCACGGUCACACUCAACGUCCAGUUUCAGCCAGAGAUCCUCAGGCUGAACGCCCACUACAGUGAAACCUCAGACCCCGGCCUCUCCUUGGUCCUCUUCGCCUUGGUGAGGUCCAACCCACCGGCCACCAUCACCUUCAUGGACCAGUCAGGCCAGCCGGUGGCCAACACCUCCGACUUCCUCAUCCUGGACUCGCGGCGAAACCCCUGGUUGACCAAUCACACGCUGAAGGUCACGCUGGGGAAUCUGUCGGGGAAUAUCUCGAUGAACGUCAGCAACAGUGUGGGAACGGUGCAGAGCAACCUCACACUGGCAGAGUUCCUGCAGUCUCGCGUGGAGGUGCCCAUGCUGGGAAUAGUGACUGGAGGAGCCAUGGCCUUCAUGGCCCUCCUCAUCCUCAGUCUGAUUGUUCUCUGCCUCAUGCAAAAAAACAAGACCAAGACCUUUGAUGAGCCAGUGGAGAUUCUGAUGACUAAGAAAAGUGAAUCAGCCAAUCUGAAGAUAGAGAAACCUUGUAAGACCUACAUCCCCAGAGAGAACAUGUCUCUGCCUUCCAACAUGCAGCUCAACGACCUCAACACUUUGAGAAAAGCCCGAGAGGUCGCCCAGCAGAACAGUGUGGGCGAGAAGAAGGAAGAGGAGGAGGAAGAUCUGUCUUUAGCCUACGCCGCUAGAGGUUUUGCCAGAUAUCCGAUGGUGGGCUACAUCUACAAGGUGAACAGCACAAGCAGUGAGGAGAUCUGGCUCUGACUGACCUCAAAGUUACGCACACACACACACACACACACACAUACACACACUGUACAUGCAUGCAAAACUACUUCAGACCAUGCAACUGUACCAAAAGAGAAA